AUGUCUCGUCCCCUCGAAGGCAAACUCGCCCUCAUCACCGGCGGCUCCCGAGGAAUCGGCGAAGCCAUCGCCCACAACCUCGCCAGCAAAGGCUGUUCCCUCCUCCUCAACUACACCUCCACCAGCUCCUCCCCCCGCAUCACCACCCUCUGCACCACCCUCUCCACCACCCACUCCAUAACCUGCAUCCCCAUCCAAGCCGACCUCUCCGACCCCGCCCCCGCCAUCAGCACCAUCCUCACGGCGGCCAAAACCCACUUCACAUCCCCCACCACAGGCACCCUAACAAUCGACAUCCUCAUCAACAACGCCGGCGUCAGCAAAGACCGUUUCCUCAACGACCCCUCCCCAACCAAAGGCCCCAUCGACGCCCCCUACUUCCACUGGCACUACACUAUCAACGUCCUGGCCCCAUUGCUCCUCACCCAGGCUGUGGCGCCCUAUCUGCCCACGUCCCCACCCCACGCGGGCCGCAUCGUCAACAUCUCCAGUAUUUCCUCCUCGUUGGGAUUCACCGGCCAGUCGGUGUACGGGGGCACCAAGGCGGCAUUGGAAGCCAUGACGAGGACGUGGGCGAGGGAGUUGGCUGACGUGGCGACGGUGAAUGCCGUCAAUCCGGGGCCGGUGGUCGGUGAUAUGUAUUUUGCUACAGGGGAGGCGUUUUGGCAGCAGAUGCAGGGGUUUCAGGAUAAUACGCCGUUGAGUAAAUUGGUGGAGGGGGAUAAGGGCGUGGAGGAGGGGUUGGGGGAGGAGGAGAAGAGGUUGAUUAGGGAGAAGAUGGGGGGGAGGAGGCCCGGGUUUACGGCGGAGGUGGCGGGGGUCGUGGGCAUGUUGUGUACGCAGGAUGGGGGGUGGUGUACGGGGAGUGUGGUUUGUGCGAAUGGGGGGUUGAAGUUUACGACUUGA